AUAAGGCAAACUUUUCAUUUAAUUAAUUUCAGCUAUAGUUUUAGGGCACAUAUCCUUACUCAACACGAAGUGAGUAAAUAUAGGAACAUCCAUAGGUUUAGCAUCCGACAUAGCAAAUUUACUCAAAAUCUUAUCAGUGUAGGAAUUUUGAUUUAAAACAAGAGUAGAUUUCUUUCUGUCCCUAACAAUAUUCAUGCCAAUCGCCUACGUCGGGUUCAUGUUAUGAAUGACGUGGGUCACGAGCAUACGGAGAAUGAGGAGCUUGGGGAAACGGAAGAGGAGCUCGGCCAUGAGGAUUUGGGGUCUAACCUGGAGUCUGAUAUGGGUCAAGAUGUAGAGCAUGAAGAAACGGAUGUAGUACCAGACGUGCGCAAGAGCUCGAGGGUUAGGCGUCUUCCCGCAUGGCAAAAGGAUUAUUUAAUUUAGUAUUUUAGACAUUUUAAUAAUUAUUAUUGUGCUUUAGAUUUUGUUAGGUGAGCGUAAUUAUAAGCUCCUUCGAGGGUUUCUUUACGGUU